AGUGCCUUGUCGUGGCGAGAGGGCUUAAGGAAUAUGUUGAAAAUUAUUAAAAAAUAAUGGAUCAAGUUGGUAUUAAAAAAUAGUUUUUAAUUAAUACUAAUUACCUAAUUCGACAAACAACAUAUUCCAACCAAACUAAUUCACCAGUCAUAAGAUCAAUUUGAUGAAAAUACCUAGUCAAAUAAUAUUCUUGUUUUUAGUUUUGAGUGAAAAUUUUUGUUACCGUAGCUGUUCGUUUUUUGUUUGUUAGGAAGAUACAGGAACUUUUUGACAAACAAAAUUUAGUAAUUUAGUUUACUAAUAUUUUUAAUUGUUAUGUUGUAUUAUGUGUUCGUUCUUUCCCGAUUGUAUCCAAUUGUGUCAUUAUUAAUAAAAUCAUACUGGUUAGUAAAAUUUAUGAAAAUAAAUCACACUAAUCUGUAUUUAUACAUUUUUUUUACAUCAUCUCUAAUCUUUUUACCAAUCCAUCUUGUUUAAUUUAAAAUUUAAACCAAGGGUUGUGCAUUUGUGGUUACGUUGACUUUGCAGGCAAAUCCCACAAAACAGAUUUGCUCAAUGUUUAAGAAAGGCUGUGUUAAAGGGUCAGUAAGUUUGCAACUAAAAUUGAUUAAUAUUCAAUAAAAAAUAAAAAAGUCGUAUGAGACGUUUUGCUUUGUCAGAUCGGAAUUCCUCAAAAAUAUAUAAUUUCUAAGAUUGGGGUUGUGACUAGGUUAAAGGGUGAGUUUGCAAGAAACUUUGAUUAGUCAGAUUUAUUCAAUAAUAAAUGAGAAUUUUUUUCGUAUACAGCAUUUUAUAUUUUCAGAAUUCUUCAAAAAUUAAUCAUUUCUUCGAUAGGGGUUGUGACUAGGUUAAAGGGUGAGUUUACAAGAAACUUUGAUUAGUCAGUUUUAUUCAAUGAAAAAUAAGAAAUUUUUUCGUAUAAAGCAUUUUGCUUUCUCAGAUCAGAAUUCUUCAAAAAUACAUAAUUUCUAAGACCGGGGGUGUGGCUAGGUUAAAGGGUGAGUUUGCAAGAACCUUUGAUUAGUCAGUUUUAUUCAAUGAAAAAUAAGAAAUUUUUUCGUAUAAAGCAUUUUGCUUUCUCAGAUCAGAAUUCUUCAAAAAUAAAUAAUUUCUAAGACCGGGGGUGUGGCUAGGUUAAAGGGUGAGUUUGCAAGAAAAUCUGAUUAGACAGUUUUAUUAAAUAAAAGAUAAGAAAUGUUUUCGUAUAAAGCGUUUUCUUUUCUCAGAUCGGAAUUCUUCAAAAAUAAAUAAUUUCUAAGACCGGGGGUGUGGCUAGGUUAAAGGGUGAGUUUGCAAGAAACUUUGAUUUGUCAGUUUUAUUCAAUUAAAAAUAAGAAAUUUUUUCGUAUAAAGCAUUUUGCUUUCUCAGAUCGGAAUUCUUCAAAAAUAAAUAAUUCCUAAGACCGGGAGUGGCUAGGUUAAAGGAUGAGUUUGCAAGAAACUCUGAUUAGUCAAAUUUAUUUAAUGAAAAAUAAGAAAUUAUGUCGUAUAAACCGUUUUACUUUCUGAGAUCGGAAUUAAUUCUUCUUAAAACAGUAAUUUCUAGGACUCCUGAAAGGGUUGUUGCUAUCAAAGGGUGAGUUUGCAAGUAAAAUCCUUGUGUUCACGUGUGUUCUCUUCUUUAUAAAAUCAUUUACUAACUAAGUCAUCGGUCGUAAAUUACAUGCGUUAACAAAACUCUUUUUCACGAAAAUUUCAUGUGAAAUUUCCUCUACGUCAUGAACCUGUGGCUGAAAUCUAUGGCUGAUUUCACACAAAUUCCGUGACACCAUACUCUAUCAACGACAUUCCGGAGACGCUACUUUUUCAACGAACUCGUCUUGAUAGAAACGUCUUUAAUUAUGUCUUGCAGAUCAUUUCGCCGGCUUUGUUGAAGAACACUAAAAAGGGGCGUUAUUCUUACUUGACCCCCAUGCACAAAUUGUAUGUGGCUCUGCAGUUUUAUGCCACUGGAACAUACCAGUGGAUGGUAGGCAGUAGCAGUCGCAUUUCUGAAGGUGCAACGUCGAAAGCCAUUCACGAAGUGACGACAGCUUUAGUCGAGGUAACCCCCCAGUUUAUUCGUUUUCUAACGGUACCAGAAUACCCCGCCGUAUAACAAGUAUUUUAUGCUUUCGGAAUGAGGCGACAUAAUGCGGGUUUUCCAAAUGCAAUGGGUGCAAUUGAUUGUACCCAUAUCAGAAUACAAAAACCUUCCACCGAUGCUCCAGAACAAUACCUAAAUCGUCAUUUAUAUUAUUUUAUCAAUGUACAGCUGGUGGUAAGUUCUAGUUUGAAAGUAUUAAAUGUUUUUCCUGGUUCAAACCAUGACUCAUUCAUCUGGAGAAACUCAGCUGUACAAAACGUGAUGUCUGCAGGAAAUUUCCCGGAAGUUGUGGGAGACUCAGGUUAUCCGCAAGAACCGUGGCUCAUGACACCCGUUACAGUUCCAACAACUCAACAACUGUACAAUGCAGUUCAUAUUUCUACACGAAAUCCUGUAGAAAGAACAAAUGGUGUUCUUAAAAGUCGAUGGCAUGUUUUAGAUUCUCCUCUUGCCUACAGUCCGUCCAUGGUUUGUUCCAUAACGACAGCCUGCUGUGUACUCCACAACAUCUGAACGGAGUACAACCUGGAGGUGGAGGAUUUUCAGGAAUAUCCACUCCAUGACGACUUGCCAUUUCAAGGACCACAAAACCCCGGACAUAACCACGUUAGAGAAAACCUUAUUAGACAACAUUUUACCCGAUAGCGAUGUUUUAGUAAUUUUAAUAACGCCUCUACGCCCAGGUCAACCCACACGCCACAAUUGGAACAACCGUCACUUCGGAUCACUUGCCCCUCACAUCCAACUUUCUCUUCGCCACCCCUCAGCCUCCCGAACAACCCGUCACCAUCCACAACUUCCC